GCACUAAACCCUCACGACUACAGCUUGGUCAGACCAUCAUGAUUCUACUUACCAGUAUAUACCACGGUACUUCAAUUGUGAUGUAGUCGCAAAGUUAUGCGGUAGAACCACCUUUGUCGCGUCGUCGCCUCGCGCGCCCUCACACCAAUGCCAGGUGUGACGCUCGCAUCUACGAGUUGAAUGGCGGCCAGGAGCCGGUUCCUUCCUGGGGGCAGGGAUUAUGCAAAGAAAGACGACGAUAUGCCGGCGCAUACUCAAGGGUCGUCAACAUUCGGCUCAUGGAAAUCGUUCCGUCGAAGACGUGUGAUCCUCGCGAUCCUGGCGCUGGUGCUACUCUACUUGUUCUUCAAGAACAUGCCAACAGAUCUCCCCCCGAUCUCGCAACGAUACGACCGUCGGUAUGGGCAUUUGUACCCUCCUGGGCCCCCUGGCCCACAUGGUUGGGAAGGACAAGAGCUGGGCGGCCACGGACAAGAUCAGGACUUUAACGGGCCUAUCUCAUUUCUUCAUCUAGCCAAAAGUAUGCGCGGCAAGGCGACCACGAUGGACGCGAAAGGCCAUGUUCUAUUUGCUAUCUCAAGACUGGAGAGCAUACCGCGGAUUCUACCAGCCGCGUGCUCCAUGGCACAGCACAACCGGACGCGAGUCCAUGUAGCAUUCAUGGGUCGGCUGUCUGCAGAUUGGGCAGACAUCAAAGCCAUCAAUGGCAUCUCAGAAGCUGAUUGCGACGUAAUUAUACAUGACGCCCGACCCGAUUUUCCAGCGCAAUCCUCCAUUACCAGAAUGGACGUCAGCGCACGAGCCAGUCUGGGACAUAUACAUUCGGUUGUACAGCUUCGUGCCGUUCUGGUUGGCGAUUCCGAGUACGAGGAAGAGCACUUCGUCCGAGCCGUGGAGGAUAAGACUAGAGCUAUGGGCGUAUCUCUUAUUGCUCUCCCUGCUAAUGGCCUUGGGGGCCUUUCGUGGAUAUCCUCUCUGGACGGCGCAGCAUUGGGACACUUCAGUCAGGUCCACGUCGACAUCGUCAUCCAGGCUCGACCAGAAUCUGCGGCUGCCCUCAUGCGGCUAUUGCGGUCAAUCAAAGAGGCCGAUUACAGUGGAUUGUCUCUUCCCAGACUGACCAUCGAGCUGCCACCUAACGUGGACCCUUUUCUCACGAACUACCUUGCAAAUUUCAAAUGGCCUCCAGACGGGUUCGGCAGUGAAAGCAGGCUGGUCAUAAGACACCGGAUUGAUAUGAACUUCCUGUCACCAGUACAAGCUUCCAUGCGCACCAUCGAGUCGUUCUAUCCUCUGAUGGCGAGCGAAUCUCACGUCCUCAUGCUUUCACCUGAUGCGGAGCUCUCCCCCGGAUAUUUCCAGCUGUUGAUGUAUACAUUGUUCGAGUACAGAUAUUCUGCGAGGAGGACCGACUUCACAAACCGUCUGAUGGGUAUAUCCCUUGAACUGCCAUCUCACGCUCCUGAUAUGUCCACCGAAUCUCCUUGGGUUGCCAGUCACCUUGAUCAACCCCUUGUUCUAUGGCAGGCACCAAAUUCGAAUGCUGCUUUGUACUUUGGGGAUCGAUGGAUCGAGUUGCAUUCAUUCCUGCUCCGCCGGCUCAUGACCGAUGCUGAGCUUUUCAAGAAGCUCUCCUCAACCCCAAGCAUAUCACAUACAUUACCGGCCUGGCUGCAACCCGUGCUCGAGGUGAUGCAGGUACGCGGCUAUUACAUGAUGUAUCCGACAUUGUGGGCCUCUGAACAGAUCACAGCGGUGACUAUGCACAAGGAACUGGACCAGUCACCGGAGGAAUACAGGAAGGAGGUGGAAGAAAGCGCGGAUUCUUCGAAAAAGGCGCCAAUGCUCGAAUUUGCAGAGGACCAACCUCUCACUGCAAACGAUGAGGUUGAGCGGAUGAAGCAAAAGGAGAGCUUAGUAUACACUGGGUCGCUUGUAGAGCCGCUUUUGGACUCGAUACCUCUUCAACAACGGAGGAGGAGUCUCACGGAGGUCAUACCAUUAUUGUCCUAUGCUGGAGAAAAGGUCGCCUGGGAGGACUCUGGGACGUCUUCCUCGAAAUUCGCGCAAGAGUUCGCGCAGACUAUUGGAGGUUGUGCCAAUUACGAUGCAGGCAAGCCGGAGAACGGUAACGUCGAAUCGUUGUUCUGUCUAGCAGCAGGGUAGAAGGUUCGGGGUUGCAACAAGCACUCACCUCUUUGCAAUUCACAAACACUCGGUUGACCAUCACACAUUUGAUUGUACAACUCGAGUAUACAUCUCAAGGUUGGCAAAUCU